AUAAUUGUAAGAACGAACUUUGAAGCAGAGAAAGAAAGGAUCGAAAUAGAAAUGCAUUCGUAUUGCAUUGUGUGAACAAAAACAACACAAAAUUCAUUCAUAACAAAUGCAACAUCAAUCUUCAAACCCUAAUCCCAAUUCAAAUCCAAAUCGACACAAUGCAUCUCAAUUACCACCACCCCCACCACCUUCCACGGCGGCAGCAACCACCGCCAAACCCUCACUCUUCCCACGCACCACCAACGUCCCUUCCCACCACCGUCGAGCACACUCCGAUCUCACAUUCCGCUUACCUGACGACAUGAUGGACCUCUCCCCGUCCGAUCCAUUCACCGGCGGAUCAUCAACGGCGAGCCUCGAUGAGAUCGGAUCCGAAGAUGACUUGUUCUCGACGUACAUUGACAUGGAUAAGCUUGGAGAUGGUGGAGCAGAUCCGGGUGGAAACGAUGAGGGGGAGAAGAAUCCGGUGAGGUCGAGGCAUCGGCAUAGUAAUUCGGUUGAUGGGUCGAGUUCGUUUGGGGAGAUUAUGGAUGGGAAGAAAGCUAUGCCUCCUGAUAAAUUGGCUGAGCUUUGGUCUGUUGAUCCUAAGCGUGCCAAAAGAAUACUUGCUAAUCGACAAUCUGCUGCUCGUUCAAAAGAGAGAAAGGCCCGCUAUAUACAUGAACUAGAGCGCAAAGUUCAAACCCUACAGACUGAAGCUACAACUCUUUCUGCUCAACUGACACUAUAUCAGCGAGACACGACAGGUCUGAGUACUGAAAAUACAGAGCUUAAGCUCCGUCUGCAAGCCAUGGAGCAACAAGCACAUCUCCGUGAUGCUCUUAAUGAUGCAUUGAAGAAAGAAGUUGAGAGAUUGAAGGUUGCUACUGGAGAUAUAAUGAGCCACACUGAAUCUUUUAAUCUCGGUAUGCACCAAAUGCAAUUUACAGAAUCAGAUUACGCUCCAAUUCCACCACAAGGGCCUUCUGGUCACCGGAACAUCCGGUUGCCAUUAUUUGGUCACUCCCCAUCUAGCAUGCCAUCUCAUCAACUGCACCAAACCAAUUCUCAUUCAUAUUCAGAAUUAUUACAAAAUGACCAGAUUGGUCGUUUUCAGGGGCUUGACAUUAGUAGCAAAGGAACAGCUGUUGUAAAGUCCGAAGAUCCUUCUCUUUCUGCAAGUGAGAGUAGCACUACAUUUUGAGUUUGACAGAACCCGCUUGACCUGCUAACUUAUCCUUGCCAUUCAUUGUUUGUAGCGUUGACCUCCAGUCAACACAUGUACUUCAGGAAGUAUUCGAUUCAUAUUGAGAAUUAAUUCUUAAUUAUUUGUUCUUUGGGUGCUCGCCAAAAAGGGGAAGCACCUGUAGGGUUUUGAUGUGAAGUUCAUUCUCGUUGUAUCAUUGUAUUUUGGGGUGUAUGUAUUCCCCUCUGUUCAUUUGUAUCAUUAUGUACUUGUAGCAUGUAAACUAUUAUGAUUUAUUGUUGUAUUUCACUUCAUUGACACUCCAAUUGAUGGACUGGAGUUCUUCUAUAAUGUAUAAGUACUAAGUUUUAGAUUUAUUCAUAGUUGUACAAUCAAUUGUUUGGGUUACCUCCUAUAUUA